AUGACAAACUUUAGUUUUCCACCAUUACCAGUAUCAGAGAUACUUGGACCAUUACAAUUAUUUGGUGUUCAGUUUACAGAGGAUGAUAUCAAUAAACCACAACCUGAUAACAUCAGAAAGGCAUACGAAAGAAUAUUGACCACUCUAACUGGAUACAGAAAAGAGGAUAACCAACAACAGUUUAAAUUCUCUGCUGUCAAGCUACUCACUAAUCCUGAAAUGCAUGAUGAAUCAACUCUUGAAAUUACCUUUAUUAGAUUAUUUACAAAGUUUAUUAGAGCCAUUGGAAUACAUGAUUUUGGAGCAAAGGAUAUAUACACACCACAACCAGCACGUGUCAAGAGGAUUCUAAGUGGUGUCAUCAAUUUGGCAGUAUUCAGAGAAUACAAGAUACCAAAGUACCAAGAACUAUUAAAGAGAAGUGAAGAUAUUAGAAGUGAACGUGACCAAAUCUAUCAAGAAACUGAAGCUCUCAAAAUUCAAUUGGAUAAUCUUAGGUAUGCAUAUGCUACAUACUUUGCUUGCUUACAUGAAAAAGAAGAAAGAGAUAGAAUUGAAAAUGAAUUAAAUGGUGAUGUACAUACACUACAGACACAAUUGGAUAUACUUAACAAGACACAGGCGGAAUUGAACCAAGUGUGUAAUGAGUUGAAAGAGAAUGCCGAAGAGUUGGGUCACAAGAUUGAAGAUCAGAAAUUCAAUAUAUCUGCGCUCAACCAAGAGAUUGGUAGAGUGGAAACACUGAUUGUUAGAUCACCAGACAGAAUGAAACGAGUCAUUGAAGACAUGGAGACAACAUUGGCCGCUGAAAAGGAAAGUCUCAGCAACAUGGAAUCAAUCAAUGGAAAGACACAACUCACUCUAGCAACAGUCGACAAUAUCCUAAAAGAUGUUAGAAAGACAUCGAAUCUCAUCACCAAAUCAGAGAGUGAAAAUGCUCAAUUUAAACAAGUCAAACAUACUGGAAAAGAUACUCAAAAAAAGAUAUCAGAUCAACAAAAAUUAUUAAGAGAAUUGGAAUCAAAAAUUAUGUUGACAGAAAAAAAGAUUAUAAAUGAAAAUGAAACAAUGGCAAGUGCACAAGAAAGAUUUAAAAAGUAUAAGGAACAAUGCCAAACAUCGAUUACAGAGGCAGAGAAUGAAAACAAAACAUUGCGUAAAGAAAUGGGAGAGAAUGAAGAGAAAUGUAUAGAGAUUAGUCGUGCCAUCCUUGAAAUUCAAACAAAGUUGGAAGAUGAUAUUCGUGUCAAUGCAGAGAUUAAGAGAACUCUUAUACAAAGACAUAAUUCAUUGGUUCAUUGUAUACAAAGUUUUCAUCAAGAUCUUUUAAAUACUUUAUCAUCUCCUAUUCAACCAUCUACCAAAUAA